CCAGCAUCUAGCAGCCCCACUCCCCCACUUCCCCACCGCCUCAGUGACUGGACUCCGGGCCAAGGAACACACAUUCACCGGGGGAGAGAGGGCGAAGAGAGGGGAGCGCCGAUGCCCGGCUUUGUCACAAGCUGUGACAAGUGAGUGGAGCUGGGCGCCUGUGGUCGAUGCGAUGGGUGAAGCAGUGAAUGAGACUGUGGACGUGUCGGGCUGGCUGUCUCUGGGCAACAACUCAUCGCUGGAGCUGCAGUCGCGGCUGCUGGAGCGGGAGCGGCAGGGUCAGGGUCAGGCGGCUGACCCCUGGCAUGUCAUGCUGUGUAUCUCGGGCUCGGUCAUCGCCUGCGAGAAUGCGCUGGUGCUCACCAUCAUCGCCCACAGCCCCGCCUUACGGACGCCCAUGUUCCAGCUGAUCGGUAGCCUGGCCACCGCCGACCUGCUGGCCGGACUCGGGCUGGUCUUCAACUUCUUCUUCCGCUACCUGGCCCGCUCGCAGACGGCGGACCUGAUCACCGUCGGCUUCCUGGUCGGCUCCUUCUCGGCCUCGGUCAACAGCCUGCUGGCCAUAACCAUCGACCGCUACCUGUCCCUGUACAAUGCCCUCACCUACUACAGCGAGAGGACAGUGGUCUACAUCCACACCAUGCUGGCGGUGGCCUGGGGUAUCUCCAUCUGUUUGGGUCUGCUCCCCAUACUGGGUUGGAACUGUCUCAGCGACCAGUCCACCUGCAGCAUCAUCAGGCCUCUGACCAAGACCAACCUGACUGUCCUCUCCAUCUCCUUCCUGGUCAACUUUGGCCUCAUGCUCCACCUGUACAUCAGGAUCUGCAAGAUAGUGUGUCGCCACGCUCACCAGAUCGCCCUCCAGCAACACUUCUUCGCCACCUCUUGCGCCAUGAGCACCAAGAAGAGCAUCUCCACCCUGGCCAUCGUCGUGGGCACCUUUGGCACCAGUUGGCUCCCCUUCGCCAUCUACUGCCUGGUUGGCGACCAGGACUAUCCGGUGGUCUACACCUACGCCACGCUCCUCCCGGUCACCUACAAUUCCAUGAUCAACCCCAUCAUCUACGCCUUCAGGAACCAGGAGAUACAGAAAGCCAUGUGGCUCCUCUGGUGCGGAUGCUUCCAGUCCAAUACAUCCUUCCACUCCAGGUCGCCCAGCGAGGUCUAGACUCUUCUGGGAUUUCAUAGGAUGUGGCCCUUGUGGCUAAAGG